GGGCGAGCCGAACCCUCUAAAUCGUUCCCCGGAUCUUGACCAGAAAGGCCCCAAAAAAAUUCCGAAGAGUGCACCUGAUGACCUGACUCCCACUUAGCAAGAUAUAACUAGCCGGCCAGCCGUGGAAUCGUCCGUUGGACAGUUGUACUUAUUAUCCUGAUUUCCAAUUGCUGCGGAAUUGUGGCGUGUUUCCUUCCGAGCUGACAAAAUUCGACGAACUUGAAGGCAAAAGUCCAGGGCCGUGAGCCGAGCCGCAAGAUCCAAAUUACGUUACCUUAUCCGUCACCGGCGUGGAAGGCAAACCAAGUCCUAUAUCGCAGAACCCCUUACCACCGCUUCAAUUGAGAAGGGAACGGCUACUGUUUAUACAUUAUCGGGCAUUUCUUCACAUAUCGGAAACGAAGAACACCGACCGAAACAUUCCGCAACCAUGACCGGAGUCCAGACACCCCACGUCAAUGGCGCGAACGGCGUCAAUGGCACCGUUCCCGAGCGCACCGUGGCUCCCGGCGUGCAGUUCGACAAUAUCGACGACACAAUAGAAGCGUUCGCCCGUGGCGAAUUCAUCCUCGUCCUCGACUCCGCCUCCCGCGAAAAUGAAGGCGACCUCAUCAUCGCCGCCUCCGACCUCACCCCGGCCAAAUGCGCCUUCAUGAUCCGCCACACCUCCGGCUACCUCUGCGCGCCGCUGACCCCGGCCCGCUGCCUCGCCCUCGACCUCCCGGCCAUGAUCCCCCUCGCCAACAGCACCGACCCACACCGCACCGCCUACACCAUCACCGUCGACGCCGCCGACGGCACCACCACCGGCAUCAGCGCCGCUGACCGCGCUCGCACGAGCAACCUCCUCGCCGACCCGAACGCUGUGCCCACGAGCUUCCGCCGCCCGGGCCACGUCGUCCCGCUGUGUGCGCGGGAGGGCCUGAUCCGCGAGCGUCAGGGGCACACGGAGGCGGCCGUAGAGUUCUGCCGGUUGGCGGGGAAGCAUAUGGCGGCAGUGAUUGGGGAAAUGGUGACGGAUGGGGAGGCGGACAAGGAUGGGCGGCCGGAGUAUGUGGGCGUAGAUAUGAUGCGGAGGGAUGGAUGUUUGGAGUUUGGGCGGAAGUGGGGGAUUCGGGUGUGCACGAUUGAGGAUUUGGUGGAAUAUGUGGAGGCGAAGGAGGGGAAAAUUGUGGGAAAUAAAAAAAGGGGAUAG